AUGCUUCUCAUCACACUCUUCACGUCUCUGCUUGGGGCGGGCUUGGGGGCUCAGGCACUGGACAACUCAUUCACCAAUCCCAUCCUGCCGGGUUGGCAUUCGGACCCUUCCUGCACCGGCGUCAUUGCAGAGCUCAACAACACAAAUUUCUGCGUGACGUCAACCUUCUUAGCAACACCGGGCCUCCCAAUCUACGCAAGCCAGGAUUUCGUGAACUGGAAGCUCGUCAGCAGCGCACUCAACCGAGAGUCACAGUUGCCAGAGAUCGGAGAUUCCAGCCCCGGGCAACAAAACGGCAUUUUCGCGCCCACGUUCCGCUACCGAAACGGCACCUUCUAUGUCGUGGUCGUUUCUGUGCUUGGUGUGGACCCUGAUCAGGGGAUCGUGGGGACCAUCUACACGACAACCGACCCGUACUCAGAUGACGCGUGGUCUGACGCGCUCCGGUUCACGCCGGCGAGCAUCGACCCGGACCUCUUUUGGGACGACGACGUGGACGGGCAGGUCUACAUCACCUGCGCGGGCAUCCAGCAGGCCAAGAUCGAUCUCAGCACUGGAGAAACCAGCUCGUCAUACUACAUCUGGAAUGGCACUGGUGGGCCUAGCCCGGAAGGUCCUCACAUCUACAAGCCGUGGAAGGACGGGUACUACUACCUGAUGAUAGCUGAAGGCGGCACCGAACUGGGUCACGCGGUGACAAUCGCGCGUGCGACCGCCGUCGAUGGACCUUACGAAGCGUUCGAAGGAAACCCGAUUCUGACCAACCGCAACACAAGCGAGUACUUCCAAACCGUUGGCCACGCAGAUCUGUGGCAGGACGCCGAUGCAAACUGGUGGGGUGUUGCGCUUUCGACGAGGUCUGGCCCGGAAUGGCUCAAUUACCCGAUGGGCAGGGAGUCGGUGCUCUUCAAUGUCACCUGGGAGGAGGGAGAUUGGCCAGUCUGCCAGGACCCUAUCCAGGGGGAAAUGAACGGGUGGGACCUGCCGUCUGCGUCCGGCAGUAUUCCCGGAGAUGGCCCCUUGGUGAGCGACCCGGAUGUUGUGGACUUCGAGGAGUACACGUCCAUGCCAAAGCACUUCGUGUACUGGCGAUUUCCAAAGGUUGAGAAUUAUGAGGUGUCGCCGGAGGAGAAGCCGAACGCCCUCAAGUUGACGCCGAGCGUUGCUAACCUGACCGGUGGCGCGGACUUUGCACCCGCGGACGGCAUCACAUUUGUCAGUCGACGACAGACGUAUACCUUGUUCAAUUAUUCGGUCGACGUCGAGCUCAACGCCACUGCAGCCGAGGAGGAAGUAGGGGUGACGGCUUUUCUGACCCAGUAUCAGCACAUAGAUCUGGGUCUCGUUGCAUUGCCGCUCUCGAACGGAAGCUUGGACUAUUACCUCCGGUUCCGCGUCACUGGCACCGGCAACUAUGAAGGCCCGGCCAUCGAGACAGUCGUCAAGCCUGUUCCGAUACCUUGGUCCCAGCCCCUGCGACUCGGCAUCCAAGCUGUCAAUGACACACACUACGCCUUCUCUGCGUCUACGUCGAGUGAUGGUGAAAGCGCAGACAUCAUUGGGUACGCUCCAAGCACCUUGCUCAGUGGAGGCACUGGUCCAUUCACAGGUACUUUGAUCGGCGCAUAUGCAACAAGCAAUGGUGCCACCAGUGGUUCACCAGCAUACGUGAGUAGAUGGAGAUAUCAGGGUCUGGGACAGAAAAUCGAGUAG